AAUGAACCCCGCCCAGAUGCAGUUACCAGUAGGCAUCCCCCAGCAGCAGGUCCCCACUGGCUACCAGGCCUUUCCUGGCAUGGGCACGGGCAUGCCCCCCACCACCGUCAUGGGUGCCAUGAUGGCUCAGAGCGGAGCCGCCAUGAUGGGACCCAACACAGGCAUGAUGGUUGGCAUGACGAUGCCCAACGGUUUCAUGGGACAAGCGCCUGCGGCCGGGAUGGUUGGCAUGGCUCCGUGGAUGAUGGGGGUACCCCAGGGGGGGAUGCCCGCGGGUAUGGUGCCCGCUCAGGGCAUGCAGGGGAUGUAUGCCGUCCAGCCUGGGCAGCAGGGCCAGUGGAACAUGGGACAGAUGAACCAGCAGAUGUCAGGGAUGAGUCUGAACGGUGCCGGGGGGGGCAUGGCCUUCGGUCAGCCUGCCUCCACCAUGGGAGGCUGGGCCGCUUCACCCUCCGGUCAGACACUCAGCACACAGCUCUGGAAGUGACCCACCUGGAGGUCAAAGAUCAGGGAUUGGGGGUCAGGGCAGCGGAAGAGGGGGUCUCAACCAGGGUGUCCGAAAUUCAACAU